GACGCGCAUGUGCAGAACUGUCAAACGCAACAGCGAAAGAAUGGAAACUCAGCGCUAAUGUAAUCAUCGCCACCCUAACACUAAAAACACGGCUCGACUGAUGUGACAUUUACUUGAUUAUUUACCUCUCAACCAUGGGAUCUCGACCUAAACUACGAAAACAUCUCUGUUGCUGCAUCUUAACUGGGAAUCUGUUCUCUUUUCACCCUCAAACAACGGCGUGCUGAAUGAAAACAAUCCGCUGGACUCUUUGAGCGCGAGACCUGACAAUCUGUGGACUGGAAAAAUGUGAUUCAGGAAAUUCAGGCGUAGUUUCGGUCGUCCGGUUGUUUACACGUUUUUUCGGGCGGUUUUUCUGCAUAUGUAAAGUACUUUUUCAUUCGUCAUUUUUUGGGAUUAAAUUAACUGUGGGUUGGGAUAGUGACACGUCGCGCGCUAAGCUAAUUUAGCAUUUAACUCGAGUGAUUUAAACGCACAGUAAUCCGGUUUAGAAGGCGUUGUAGCUUUAAUAGACGCACAACACCUAACUUGCAUACGAAACGCUGGAAAUAAAGUUUAAAAAGUCGUGAUGGGGUCAGGUGAUGUCCUGUAAGUGAACUUCUCAGCGGGGUGUGUUCGUACAGGAUCAUGAUGGCUCAGCUGGAGAAUGGACGUGUGUCGUCUGAUGAUACUAUGAGUGUGAUGACUCUGGGCAGUCAGUUUGACGAGGAGAGCUCUUUCGGGUCGGACUCUGAAAUCAACGGAUUCACGAGCUCGAGACAAACUGACAAGUAUGGAUUCAUCGGAGGAGCCCAGAAGUAUUCAACCGAAUCGGCUCAAGAAGUGCCUUUGGAAGUGUUAAGGCACAGGGAAAUCAAAUGGUUGGAUAUGCUGAACCACUGGGACAGAUGGAUCAGUAAAAGGUUCAAGAAGGUGCGACUGCGAUGUCAGAAAGGGAUCCCACCGUCAUUGCGAGGCAGGGCCUGGCUGUACCUGUCAGGUGGAAAAGUGAAAAGAGAGCAAAACGUCGGGAAGUUCAAAGAGUUGGAUAGCAUGGAGGGAGACCCAAAGUGGAUUGAUGUGAUAGAGAGAGAUCUACACAGACAGUUCCCCUUCCAUGAGAUGUUUGUGUCCCGAGGAGGUCAUGGGCAGCAGGACCUGUUCCGGGUGUUGAAGGCUUACACCCUGUACAGACCGGAUGAGGGUUACUGUCAGGCUCAGGCUCCUAUAGCAGCGGUGCUUCUGAUGCACAUGCCUGCUGAGGAUGCAUUUUGGGGUCUGGUUCAAAUUUGUGAGAAGUACCUCCCUGGAUACUACAGUGCAGGCCUGGAAGCCAUACAGUUGGAUGGACUGAUCUUAAAUGCGCUAUUAAAGCGUGUGAGCCCUCCGGCGUAUCGGCACCUUGAGAAACACAAGAUAGAGCCCAUCCUCUACAUGACGGAGUGGUACAUGUGUGCAUUUUCCAGAACUCUACCCUGGGCGUCUGUGCUCAGAGUGUGGGACAUGUUCCUGUGUGACGGAGUGAAGAUAAUGUUCCGUGUUGGGCUUGUGUUGCUCAAAUGUAUGCUGGGAUCUCGGGAGAAACUGAAGGCUUGUCCUGGUCAGUAUGAGACCAUGGAGCUUCUUCGAGCCCUGGAGCCGCAGUACAUGCAGGAGGGCUUUCUCGUCCAUCAGGUGUUAGAGCUCCCUAUAUCCGCUCGGGAUGUUGAACGAGAGCACCGCUUGCAGCUUAAGCGCUGGCGGAAAACCCACGGCGAACUCAGCUACAAGUCCCCUCCCAGAAUGCACGGCGCUCAGGCCAUCAUGUCUGCUGAGCCACACUCCCGCCAAGACCUCCGUCAGAACCCCACCAUCGUCGUUCAAUAUCCCCUGCACUCUGACACUAAAUCCGAUUUCGCUCGCCUCAGGAAAAGAAGCACUAUCCGAAAAGCCCCCAUUCCAUUGGACGUCCCCAAUCCGUAUGCCUUACCAACAGACCCCAAACCAGACCCACUUAAAAAUAAAACACAAGACAAACAGUCCAACCGUCCUACUCCAUCACUACAGCAAUCCCUCCUCACUACACCUGAGAAGACAGAACCUUGCUCUGAUCCACCAGCCUCUGUCCCCAAUCCAUCUCCCUCUACCAUCCCAAAUCCAUCUCUCUCCAUCAUCCCAACCCCAAAUCCAUCUCUUUCUGUCAUCCCAACUCCAUCUCUCUCCGUCAUCCCAACCCCAAAUCCAUCUCUCUCUGACAUCCCAAAUCCAUCUCUCUCCGUCAUCCCAACCAUCCCAAACCCAAAUCCAUGUCCCUCUGCCAUCCCAAUCCCAAAUCCAUCUCUCUCUGUCAUCCCAACCCCAAAUCCAUCUCUCUCCGUCAUCCCAACCCCAAAUCCAUCUCUCUCCGUCAUCCCAACCCCAAAUCCAUCUCUCUCCGUCAUCCCAACCAUUCCAGACCCAAGUCCAUCUCCCUCUGCCAUCCCAAAUCCAGCUCUCUCCAACAUCCCAACCAUCCCAAACCCAAAUCCAUGUCACUCUGCCAUCCCAAAUCCAUCUCUCUCUGUCAUCCCAACCCCAAAUCCAUCUCCAAGUCUUUCUCGCACCCCGCCGCCACCUCGAAUCUCACCGGACCCCAAUCCCACACACCCCACCGAGCUCCCUCACUCCUCCAACCCGGAAGUCACAGCUGAACCCCUUUCUUUCCCUAAAAACUCAAACAACACCAACAACUCAGCCCACCUUAAAGAUCCUCCACCCACUACAGACUCCACUCCGCUUCUUCCUGUGAACGGAGACUCGGUCGCAGCUCCCGCAGUUCCUGGUUUACGUCACUCAUUUGAGAGCGUGGGUUCAGAGGACACGUACCUGUAGCUCCGACCUCAACGUUCAGGGAGAAAUCGAAUGCAGUAUUGGGAACCAGCAGCCGCUUUAUGCAUCAGGGCAACAUGGGAGGAAAAAACUGUGAAUGUAUUUGGAUGUUUUGGAGACGAUCAAUACAGUUCGAAAAAUCUUCGGCGUCAGUAUCUUCACUUCAGGAAUAUAGCAAGCGUAACGACAAGAAGGAUCAAAUGAUAUAAAGACAUUUCGGUGUCACCGUAUACACAGACCUCCUUAUUUUUUCCCGUGCUGGAACUCCACAAACGGAUCUGGAUAUUAGUUCUUCCAUUAUUCCUCAAUCAUAAGCAGAACAGACUUUAUAAUCGAAUAUGUUUGGCUUGUUAUUGUGUUAUUCGCUGCUUAACAAUGUACGGUCAUUUUGCAAGAAAUGAUACAAAUGUGUGAUUCGCCCAUCUAACAGUUUUACAUAUAGACACUCUUUUGACCACUAUUGUAAGAGUUUGUAUUCUUUUUCAGCAUCACUUAACCAUUUUAACAUGUGCAACACAUAAUAUUAAGAGCAAUGGAGCAUCGUUUCAACAUCAUGUCUGUUACCAUCGUGAGUGGCUGCAUACAAAUGUACUGAAAACACAAAUAAGAAGCAAUUUAAGUUGUAAUAUCAUUAAACUUCACUUGUGUGCAAAAAUUAUACCUUUAGGGGCAUGAGAGCAUGUCACAGUACUUUAAAUGGGACACUUUUAUACCUUUUCUACCCCUAAAAGAUGUGUACACAUUAUAUACCAUUUUUUUGGGGGGUAAAUUAAGUAUAAAGUUAUCCCUUUUCGGUUAUUGUCCCUGUAACAAGUAUUGGCUAACUUCUUGAGUUUUUUUCAUAAUCACAAAAAAAUAAAUGCAUUUUGAAUUUGUUUCUUGUGACAUUUAAUGAAACACCAAAAGAAAAAAAAGCACAAAUGUGGUAGAUGUGAUGUUGAAAUUAUUUUUGAUUGUCUCUUUAACAUGUAUUUAUUUUGUUGCUAAUAUGAGAGAAACUGAAGAGAUAUGUCAUAUUUCGUGAAGCCUACUCCAUCUCACGCCACCAGAUGGCGCACAUUCUUUACAUAAGAUUCAUUGCAUUUGCCCUGUUACAUUGGGAGUUUAUUUAGAUUCACAGAUGCUUGUACAAUCAUCAUCUGUGGAGAGAAGUAUGUUACAAAACAGCUAAAAUGUGCUGGGGUUUUUUGUUUGUUUGUUUUGGACAUGAUUCAAUGUUAUAGGGAGUCAUUUUAAUUUACGUUACAUUUUAAUAAUAGCUGAAAUAUUCACUAUUCUGUUUCAGUUUCAUCUUAUAAAAUUUUCUUUUCUUUCUCUGAACUAAUGGGAGCACUGUUUUUUUGUUUUUUUUCUUAAUUACUCAAAAACUUUGAUUUGUAAGUCUAAUAUUUAAUCAUCCUCAACAACUGACUGUCAAAUCUAUGUAGAUUUUGUACAAAUAAAAGCACUUCUAAUAAGACUAUA